CUGCACAGCUGACUCGUGAGACAUUCCUGACUUUGUUGUAACCCCCCUGGCGGCCAUUUAAGAAAAUGAAAAUGGCUCCGACUGGGGGGGCCCCAUUAGAGAUGAGGGCCCGGGGGUACUUGCCCCCUAUGACCCUGCCUUAAUCCGGCUCUGUCUGAUUAUCAUGCACAGACACCUUGUGAGUGAGGUGCUGCAGCUGUUGUGUAAUGUCAGCUACAGCUUUAGACAGCAGGGGGCCCAUGGUGUUUGUAAUUGCAGUAGCUAAAUCAGAGUGUGUGAUUGGGGUGUCCGCUGAGCGACUGACCUGAGAAGGAUCCUUCUGAAAUAAUUCAGUGGCCGUUUUCUUAGCCGCGGGAGACGCCGGCGGGGUGCUGUUACUCAGCGCCAUAUUGGGAUUGGCGCGCUUCUUCUCCUGCCUGGGCGGCUGCGGGAGAGCAGAGGGCUUCGGUGCGGCUCCGGAGGCUAGGUAUUUCUCCAUAAUGCUGCAGCUAUUAGUGGCACAGUGAGGAGGUCUCUGUGGAAGCCGUGAAAACGGCUUUUAAAAGCUAUGUGGUGUCUCGCUGCACGGAGCGAUGCUGAGAGCGCUCCUCACAGCAUCAAGCCGGAACCGGAAGUCGAAGACUUACGUGAGUGUCAUGGUAGCACUAACAUUUGUGGCACUAGUACACGAUGUGAAAAACUGGACAACACCAUUAUCUGUACAUGUGAUAAUGGUACCCGCAGAGGAAAUGAAACACAAUUCUGUCCAACUAAUCAUAGAACGGAGAAUGGGUGCACAGAUAUAGAUGAAUGCACAGAAUCCCCGAGUAUCUGUGGUCCUAACAGUGACUGUACAAACACCGCUGGUUCCUAUACGUGUACCUGCCACAUUGGGUCCAAAUACAUCUCCAAUACAUGUCAAGUAAUGCCGAAAUGUAAAUCCAAUUUUACAAAUCCUGAGGAACUGGAGAUGUGUGCGAUGCUGAAUACGUCGGGUGCAGUCUGUUCGGUUCUCCAGAACACAUUCAAUCUUCUGAAAGUAUCCUGCCAAGAAUCUAAGAACUUCAGUACUGAAGAGGAAGCAAUAGAAGAAUUUACCAAAGUAGUAGAUAAUCUCACUCAGAUCAUUGUCAAGUCUCCUGUCCUCUCAGCCCUUACAAGAGAUCAGAGGGGCAUAUUUGUUACAACAUUACUGAGCAAUGUGGAGACAAUUGUUCUGUUAUCUUUUGCUGAUUUUCCAAGGAAUCAGAAUGUCAGCACCUCUGAGAUAGAUGUCUCCAUGAAGGAAUCCCGUGACCACUGCAGUACUGGUGCCAAGUCCAUAAUCCUAAAACUUAGUGACAACAUUAUGGAGGUUCCAUGCCAUUUGGUGCCUGGAGACAGAGAUGGUGCUAUUUUUAUCACCUACAAUGGUCUCGAAUCAAAGGUUUUAAAUGGGAAUAUAUUAGUUACACAAAACCCUGGAAAUAAUAGCACAUCUGUGGUCAACUCAAGAGUGGUAACUGGAGCCAUCACAAAACCCAUUAGGGAAAACUUACAUCCGCCGGUAACCUUCAGGCUUUCUCAUCUAGAGAUCCUCAAACCCUUUCAUAAGUCCAUCUGUGUGUUCUGGGACCCUAAAGAUCAUGGUUGGUCAGACAGAGGAUGCGUCACUACAUCCGAUAAUAAUGACUCCACCACCUGUUCCUGCAGCCAUUUGUCAAGCUUUGCUGUAAUCAUGGCACCACAUGAUAUUGAGGAACACAGUGGUCUUAUCAUUGUCUCUCACAUUGGCCUGAGUAUAUCCCUUCUCUGCCUGUGCCUCUCUCUUCUUACGUUCAUCAUCUGUAGGUCUCUGAGGACUGCUCACACCUCUGUCCUGACAGCUCUGUGUGGAUGUCUCUUCCUGGGGCAACUUCUCUUAAUUGUGGGCCUUAACCAAACCUUUAACAAGGUCCUCUGCUCAGUCAUUGCUGGUGGGAUCCAGUUCCUGUUCCUCUGUGCCUUCUGCUGGAUGUUUAUUGAGAGCAUCCUGCUCUUCGUGACUGUCCGUAACCUGCAAGCUCUGAAUUAUAUGACUUCUCAGGGCUCAAACUUUCCAGUGAUGUGUCUUGUUGGGUUUGGGGUUCCUGCUGUCAUUGUUGGGAUCUCUGCAGCAGUACAGCCACGUGGAUAUGGAACAGAGAAACAUUGCUGGCUCAGCACAGAUCUCGUCUGGAGUUUCCUUGGUCCAGUCUGUGUGUUCAUCAUUGUGAACACCACUCUCUUGGUCCUCACUGUGUUGUUACUCCGAAUCAAGCUUGCAUCUCUAAACCCCAAUGUGUCCACUGCUAAGAACACUUGGCUACAGACAUUCAAAGCUCUGGCUCACCUUUUUAUUCUUGGCUGUACCUGGAGCAUUGGCUACUUCCAGUUUGGACCUGGAUCCCUGGUCAUAUCUUUUCUAUUUACCAUAUGUAACAGUCUACAGGGUCCCUUCAUCUUCCUUGUGUAUUGUCUGCUGAAUCGUCAGGUCAGGGAAGAGUACUGCAAACUGCUCCGCAGACUCCAUACAUGCAGUAAACAGGCAUCAGAUGAAUCUGCCAGUGAGACUUUUCCAACAGCCUCUAGAUCAACAAAAAUGUCUGAAAUGGCUACUCUUUGAUGGAUGGAAGAAAAAGACCUUAGACUGAAAAGAAAGACAAUUACUACUGCUUCUAUUGUGGAGUAAUAAUGCAGAAUGCCUGCUGUUAGCUGAGCUUAGUAAUGGGUGUCUACAUAGUAACUUUACCAACUGCAUACUUGCCUACCUGACCCUCUCCAUGAGGGAGAAAAUGCUCUAAUGUAUGAUUGCCAUCACCUGUGGUGAGCUAGUUAAUUGAUAAGAAAUGUGUUUCACCACAGGUGAUGGCAAUCAUACAUUACCAGGAAAGUCCAGGAACAGAGCAUUUUCUCCCUCAUGGAGAGGGCCAGGUAGGCAAGUAUGACCAACUGUAAUAAAUAAUGUUACUGCCACUGUUCAGCCACACACAUCACCACCACCCCUGAUGUACAAGAAGCUCUUACAGCCGAGUGACUGCAGGUGAAAUUGCUUCACUGCUUCCACUGUCUCACCUUACAACCUGCCUGCCUGAUGCAGUUAUAUUAAUGUAAUGCAUAUUCACCCCACAACAGCUGUCCCUCCUUAUAUUGAAUAAAUCAGCCUUUCCCUUUUCCUUCAUACAUACAUCAUCAUUCACAGACUCAAAAACUCCCUGUUCCUACCGGAUCUCUCUCCUGUAUUUGACACGGUUGAUCACCAGUGCUCUGCAAAUGCUUCAUUCCCUUUCCCAUACUGCUUCUCUCAGUUGUCAUCAUACUUAUACGCAGAUCCCUUUUCUAUGAAUAAAGAUGCCAGUACUAUUAAAAUAAAAGAUACUGAUACUCAUCUAAAUUGCUGAUGGUCCUGUGGCCAGGUUAGUGUCUCCCUGGUUAGUAAAUACAGAAGCUGGAAUGGAUUAGUCUGGUGAUACAAGUACCAAAAUGGAGUGUUAUACUAGCAGUAAAGGCAGAAAUAUUUCUGGUUUCCAGAAAAAAAGUGCCAGUACUCAGUACUGACAUAAAGCCCUGCAUAUAGGACCAAACAAAUAGGGCAUCCAGUAAUGACAUCUCAUUCUCCAUUAUCCCUCUCCCUGCUGGGAUUCCCAAAGAAUCGGUCCACUACAUAUUUAUACCAAAUUUCUUGAUAAAAGCUACAGCCACAUGUAGCAGGAGCAGGGUGUCAGAUAUUUUGGCAUCCCCUCUCCUCCAGUGAUGUAAUAAUUGCCAUGUGUUCUUGAAAUGUUAUAGAUGUGUUAUUGAAAAAUAUUUUACAGUUUUAAAGAUUACCAGGUACAGAUACUGUAUGUCUUCACUUAUUUAUCCAUCUGGUUAGAUAAAACUUACUUACAGCGGGGUGAAGUGAUACGUGUCACAAGCCAUUGUGUAGCUUGUGGUACAGUAUGUUAAACAUCUUGUGAUCAGUUACCCCCCAAAAAACAUAUAUUUAUAUCUCGCCAUAAGAAUACUUAAGUGAGGACACAUCUAGAGUCACCACUAGCUUCCCGAAUGUUUCCUCUAAAAGAGCUAAUAACAAGACACCCAUCCAAACAUGGUCACAUGACAAGUUCCAAUAAGUGGUGACUUGCACCAACAAUAUGCGUUUGUUGGAUUUGGGAGUAUGGAGCCCUACACUGAGAGCCUUUCAUUAAAGUUUGAAAGAUAUUUGUAUAAGUGGAAGAUGGUUCUUGUGCUUCUCCAUGGGGUCAUAUUCUCCAGUAAUUGAUAGUUGUCCCUAGAAGAUAAAAGGUGUACAGUAUAAUAUUGUACAUUGUGUGACAAUUAUUUAAUAAGUAGAAAUGCGCAAUUGAACUCACCAAGCAAACAUAGGAAAUGCCUUGUGCAACCUCACACUGUUGCUUAAUGGUAGUUGCAUGAGUAAUGUGGAGCUUGUACAUCUUGAUUGUAGAAUAGUUGAUGGUCAGUGUUCUCCAGACACAAAGAGGUUUACAUGGAUAGUAACAUAGUAUCAACAGGUAACAGAAGGAGUAUUAUAUCCCAAUCCCUGUUUAGACAGUCACUCGUCUUUUCUUCUGGAGUAGAAGUUCUUGGUCAUUCAGAUUAAAUCCUGCUGUGUACUGCUUAGGUGAAUAGGGAGGCAGUAAUCCCAAACCCCAAACAUUGACACCAAUAGGAUAGUGGUGACCUUACAGUCAGUGGGCGCGACUGACUAAUUUAGUUUCACUGGUAUAGAUAAUACCUUUAUAAUAUGAGUUGUUGAUUACAUAGACAAAUCUAAUCAAAGUCUAAAGUAUCAAAGAAACAUAUUUUCAAUAUUAAAAUUAAUAAUUGUUUUAUUGAUAUACAAAUCCAACCAUAUAUUACAUAGUGAAAUUUGUAGGAAGAAGGAAUUAAAAUAAAACAGACGGACAAAAUAAAAAACAAAUGGUGAAAAUAAAAUAUUCUUACACAUACAGUAGUAAGCUAUUGAGUGAGGGAAAUCAUUUGAUAAAAGUCCUCAGUGGUGUGACGCAUUUCGCUGGCACUGCCUUAUUGCUCAGGCUAAUGGGAAAGACUGAGGUGUGAUAGUUGGGGAAGUUGACUAGGAUAAUGAUGAUGGACAAGAUCAAUUAUGGAAUUGUAAAGAGUAGUAAUGAUAUUUCUACUUGUAAAUGAACUGCAUAAGACACUGAAAAAGCAGUGUGUGUAAGACGAGAUGACGCAUAAUAAUAUGUCAGUGAGAUGUCAUCCGGCUGUUCGUUUACAAUUUACCGGUGGCACUGACAGAAUACCAAGUACCAAUAGGGGGAGGCCAGAUCAGUGAAACAGUGGAAUAGGACUGCUUAAAGGUUUGAAUGGUCUCUUGGAGCGACUAGGCCAGUUGCUGACUAGUGGAGUGCAGGAAGUGCCGGCCAGUACCUGAACCCUACUACUGAAGAAAAUACAUCGGUUGUUUAACUCAGAUUAAAAGCAAAACUUGCAAUUAUGUUGUUAUUAACAAGUCGGUGUUUUCUGUUCUCCAUCAAAACCAGUUAGACUGAUUUACUCACCUGAGUAUGCCUGCUGAAAAGGGGCCCAUGCAUCAGCAGCACAAUUUAUUGUUUCACUGAUCCUAUGAUUUUUUCUCCAGAUAAAUUGUUCCCCCAGUUGCCCCAAUCUAACUUUGCCCAUACAUUACAGAUAUUUCCCAAUGAUUUGCUGAUCAUUUUCAGUUAAACAGAUCUGCCAAUCUUGAGAGAUUCCUCAGUUUACUAGAAUCAGUCUGCAGAUUUGCUGAUCAUUACCCAAACACUAGCAAUCUACAUUCCCAAUUAGUCUACGAAAUUAAACAUGUUGAAAAACCUGAUUUAACAAUACCAAUCAAUUUGUGGCCAAAAUCUGUGAACCCCAUACAUUGCUGAUUUAUUGACACAAUCACCUCAAAACGUCAGAUUGUCCCUAUUGAUUGCUGAUGUAUGGACCCCUUAACUGAAAUAUUUUGUUAGACUAAAGUGGAUAGAUAGAUAGAUAGAUAGAUAGAUAGAUAGAUAGAUAGAUAGAUAGAUAGAUCCAGCAUUACUAAAGCCACAACAUUAUUGGAACUAGAUUGGGGUUAAAAAGGGGAAACCAACGGUUCAUUACUCUAUGUCGUGAGACUUGUUAUAGUACUGAUGAGUGGAUACAGCUCCUGUUGGCUGUUCUAUGAUCAUGGAAGUGAACAAUUCAUCACAUCUCCGUGGACUUUAUACCUUGUGUACCUAACAAAAGCAAGUGUAAUAGACCUUGGCCCCUGCCCCACCGUCAGAGGCUCGGUCAUCAUGUACCAUAGACACCAAUGUAAUCGGUGACUAUGGCACCUUUAGGCGAGGGCUGCUUCAUAGGCUCUUUCUCUGGUGAAAAACCCUGAUUUUUUCUUGCUUGUGCAACUUUGGAGAGAAAUUAGAUUUUAUAUAUAUAUAUUCGAUUCAAAGAAAAGAAAUAAUACAGCAGCAUGGCAACACAAUAUGCAUUUUGUAUAGUAGGAGGUCAUGUCAAAAGCCCUCCAGCUGUUUCAUAGCCAUACUUACCACCUUUCUCAGGGGUUGAUAUAAUUAAAUGAACCACAUUUAUUUACCCAUUACAGGCUGUUGCAUAGCAACUAGAACCUUAAUUGACAUAUAUAACCAUCUAAAUAAACCAUCUAAAAUUGAGAAAAGACUAACACAACCAUACUGACAUCACAUGCUGGAGCAAGUCAGAAACAGUCCAGAUGGACUUCAUUGCAGUGCCAAGAAAGGAUGAAAGAGGCACAGGAAGUAUCUCUGCCGCUGUGUGAGCACCGUUCACGGGCGGAUAGAUGAGUAUUUUGUUGCCGUGCUGCUGCUUCAUGUAUAAGUCCUGUGCUGGCUGCGAUUACUCCUUUCUUCUGAUGGACUGCAUAGUAUUACCUAGUGAUUUUUGAGUUUUGAUUUGUAUAUUUUGUAUUAUCACACUUUCUGUAUUAUAUUGUUGAGUUUACAAUAUUGAUAUAUUAAAUAGUUUUGAAAGUAA